UCUCCUCAGAUCCGACACUUAACAUAUAAAGGAAAAUAAAAAACCUGAGCUGAGAACCGAGCUGACACAUGUUGGGCUUCGCUGUCGGAGCCGUGAUGGAGUAAAGAACCGGCAGCGGGGAGACUUCUGAUCUGAUCUGGAUGGAACCGACGGGUCUACGGGACGUUUUCAAAUGUAUCACACUAUCCAUUGCAGCAAUGGAGGAUAUUGGUCUCCUUCCCAAACCCACCAACGACCUCCCUGUUCACAGACCCACGGUCACGGAGACUUUUGGGCUGCACCACAUCCCACCAGAUCAUCUACAUGUCUCUGAUGCAAGCAGGAAAUCUGAUGUGGACAAAGAUGGACCGUCCAAAAAAAGGUCCCACUCGGUGAUAAUGGCACAGAUGAUUCCCCAGUUUCCUUUGCAGAACCCAGUGCCUCUGGGUACUGACACUACACUUUUUAAUACAUCUGCUAAAAACGGAAGCACAAAUUUGGAUAAGGCAGAGGCCUCCAGAAAAACUCCCAAAGCCAAAAUCGCAGAUCCAUCAAAGUGGAAGCAAAACAAGCAGAAACAGCUGAGGAUGGAGGGAAAAGCAUACUUAAGCAAACGAAAAAAAGACGGCGAGAUUGUGACAAAACAGCCAAGAGCAAUGGGACAGAGGUGCACCUCGAAUGCGUGCAAGAAGGCAUCAAACCGGCUUUGCAAUGAAAUCAACGAAGACGCACGGCAGAAGGUGUUCGACGAGUUCUGGCAGCACAUGAACUGGGCGCAGAGAAAACUGUAUGUAGCAGGGCAAGUUGACCGUGACCCCGUGGAGAGAUCCCGAGCUGUGGGGUCACAGUCGAGAAGAUCGGUCUCGCUCCGUUAUCACUUGAUGGUGGAUGGCAAAAGGAAACAAGUAUGUAAAAACAUGUUCUUGUCCACUCUGGGCAUAGGAGAGUGGUCUGUGCUCAACUGGGCACAGGAAGGAGCAACAAGAAAGAGUGAAUCAUAUGAAAACAAAUUAGAAAAGAGGCAGGCUGUCCCUCAGUGCCCACAACAGAAUCCUGCUCCUUCUGCACUUAGUAAUACUGUGGAAGCCAAUCAGGAGCAAGUGAAUGUCAGUGACAAAGACAAAAACAGGGCACCAGAACCAGAGGGGCCAGCCAGAAAGAAAUCCAGAGUUGCCAAGCCCCUAACGUGGAAGCAAAAUCGACAGAAGCAACUUCGAAUGGAGGGCAAACCUUACAUUAGCAAACGAAAGAAAGAUGGCGUGACCAUAACUAAAGCUCAGAGGACAAUGGGACCAAGAUGCACGUCCAGUGCUUGCAAAAGGGCCUCCAACCGCUUCUGUGCUGACUUCAGCGAGGAAUCGAGGAGCAGCCUAUUUACUAGUUUCUGGCAGUGCAUGAACUGGACUCAGAGAAAGAUCUAUGUGUCUGGACUAGUUGACUGCGACCCGGUGGAAAGAACGCGAGCACCGUGGACACAGUCGAGAAGAUCAGUCUCGAUGCGAUAUCAUUUGAUAGCCGAUGGGGACAGAAAACAGGUUUGCAAAAAGAUGUUUCUCUCAACUUUGGGGAUCGGAGAAUGGUCAGUGCUUAACUGGGCACAAAAUGCAUCCCAGCAGGGGAAUUCAGAGGAAAACGCUAAGAAGCAAACACAGAGGAAGUCUCGUAAAGCCUCAGAGCACAUAGUCCUGAAGGAGUUCCUGGAGAGUUUACCGAAAGUGCCCUCAUACUGUUGCGGGACAGCCAUCUCUAAGCUGUAUCUGGAGCCGGUCUUCUCAAACAUGUCCGAGGUAUACAGGCACUACUACAACCACUGCUUAGAGAAGAAGACGACGCCACUCUCACGGCAGGUUUUCUGUGCUGUGUUUAAAAAGAUGGAUUUGGGACUGUGCGACCCCAAAAAGGAUCAAGGUUUUACUUUUGGUGCCACAGGAAACUUGUUGAAUGAGCUUUGGGAGGAAUACUGCAUGGAAAGAGGAGCUCCAGGGCCACAGCCAGAGAAAGCAGGUAGCCAGUAGAAAAGGAUCUAUGUUGGAUUUCAUCGCCAUGUUAAUAUCUGCUGUGUAUUACUCCAUUACAUACAGCAUGAUCAUAUACACGUUGUGGAAAGUUUGAUUCCAAGACUUUGCCCAAACGACUGUACUUACUGAUCUUGAUUAUAUCCUGUUAAGCACAGACAGUGGUUCCUUCUUCUAAAGCGAUCCAGUCGUCUUCAUGCAGCUGAAGAGCUGUUUCACUUAAGUGGAAUUAUUAUUUAAGCAGUACAUGCAGUUUGUUUGUGUAGUGGAGAAGUCCAAGUUGUUCCUUAAAAUGCAAGUUCUUUUCAGAGUCUUUGUCAACCAUCACAUAAGGUCAUGACUAAAACAGAAACCCUUUUAAA